CUUCUGAGGAUAUGCUUUGUCAUUAUGAUUCUUCAUUCCUUUGCCUAACCACCAUGAGCUGUUAUGGCUAUUUUCACGCGAUGCAAUUAGCAAAUUGCUCACCAACACCUCAUUGCAUCACUCUUUGUAAAUCGCAUAAAGCAGGGCUCUUAAUCUUUAUUCUUCCUCUUCAAUGACGCGUCUACUGAUAUAUCAAACAAAAACACUACGACUUUCACUGGCUUUUGUUGGCGUAGCGGCGGACCUGGACGAAGUCGAAUGCAUGAUCGCUACUAUGAUCUACAAGACAUUACCCUCAUUCACAUUCACAAGAAGUAGCCAAAUGCCUUUCACUGUUGCUACCGAUAGCCACCUUUAACAUAGUGACCUGAGUGAUAUAAUAAUGAUCUAGAUGAUAAUCUACCCAUCUAACAUUUCUUGAAACACACACAACUCUAUUAAAAUUUUGAAUUUGUACGGUUUCUCAGCUGUCAAAAAAAGCGUACCACAAUGUAAUUAAAGGAUGUGAUGCGACCUUGUGGUGGAGACCAUUCGCCACUC